AUGGCUCCAACCCCUGUGGCUCCCCCUGCCGUGAAUAAACCUCACUAUGAACUCCCCCGGGAAUAUGCUUUGCUGUCAGUCUACGAUCCCGAUUCUCAAUUCCUAUAUCUGGCGGUGACCGGUCGCUCGCGCGCAGUAUUGGGUUGUGGCAUUGGUGAAAAGGGGAAACACACAUGGGUCGCUACGGGGUUUCUCACAGAUUCACACGGUGCUCCGUUCUAUCCACGGAACCUCACCCCUGAGUUACAUGUGGAAAGUAUUGAGAUCGCUUCUGAGUGGGACGAUUUCGUUGUGUUGGCUUCGAGCAGACUUUGGCAUUAUCUGGAUGCUGACGAAGUUGUGGCACUGAUGGCACGAUGGCUUGAUGAGCACGAGAAUAUAGGGUCUGAGCUGGGAAGUGUAGGGCGGGAGAAGCAUAUUGAUUCUGUGGAAUCAGUAACUGCUACAGCACGUCUCCUGCCCCGUCUGGGUCCACGCCCAAGGUCCACGAGCUCUAUGGAUGUAGAUAGGCGGUUCGCGAUGGAGGAGAGAAACGCCGCAUCCCAACUUAUCCGGAAUGCUCUUGGUAUGCCAUGGCGAGUUGUGGUUAUCUUGUUUGGUGGUGGCGAAGGCGUACUUGAGAAAUCAGGCAAAGCGACUCGAAGAUGUUCUGAUCGAGCAGCCAAGCGAAGAUCUUUGUGA